AGUUUGUCACAAGGUACGAAAUUUUAAAACUAUCAAAACAAAGGAAAGUUAGGAAACAGAAAUGGAUUCCAAUGUUCAAGUGAAAACUCCACUUGAUCCAGAUAUAGAUUCACUGUUUGGAAAAGCCAAGCCAGCAGUAUGGCGGACUGCGAUGUUUGUGGUUCUAAUGGUUGCGACGCUAGGAGCAGCUAUUACUACUGUUGUAUACUUUGUGGCUGCUAAUCAACAUGACAGUAACAGUAAUGGGCCGAUUCCUGUAAAUAAUCCAGUCUGUGAUGAUCAGUGUGUGUUAUCAAUAGUGGAGAGUAUACCUGUUGGGAUGACCUUAGAACCAGGCUCCCCUUCUCACCCGUCGACUUUCUCCGGUUUGAUGAAUCUGAUGGAAGCAGCAACAAAGAGCAUAGAAAUCGCCUCCUUCUACUGGACACUGAACGGAUCAGAUAUUGAUUUCCAUGACAACUCAUCUUGGGAGGGAGAAAAAAUAUUACAGACUUUAGCUAGUGCAGGCCAUGACAGAAAAAUUAAAAUAAAAAUAGCGCAAAAUGAACCAAAUGGAAUUAACAAAAACACAGAAUAUCUGGCUAAAUAUGCUGGAGCUGAAGUAAGAACUCUGAACUUCAAACAAUGGUUUAGAUCUGGGAUUCUUCACACCAAGAUGUGGCUAAUUGACAGAAAGCAUUUCUAUGUUGGCAGUGCAAACUUGGACUGGAGAUCAUUAACUCAGGUGAAGGAGUUAGGGGCCGCGGUGUACAACUGUAGCUGUAUGGCAGCAGACAUGGGGAAGAUAUUUGAUGUCUACUGGUAUUUAGGGGCUCCUAAUGCUUCUGUCCCCAACAGCUGGCCAGCACAGUACUCCACGUCAGUCAAUGACAAUACAUCCAUGCUGAUUAAAUUCAACAACUCAGAGGCAACCACUUAUUUAUCAAGUUCUCCGUAUCCCUUGUGUCCAGAAGGGAGGACUAUUGAUAUUGAUGCUAUAAUUAGAAUUAUUGACAGUGGUGACAAGUUUGUGUAUGUGGCUGUCAUGGAUUACUUCCCAACAACCCAGUUUCCACCACAUGGAGUUCCAAGGAGAUUUUGGCCAGUAAUUGACGAUGCCUUUAGGAGAGCUGCCUUUGACCGUGGUGUUAAUGUCAGCCUUCUGAUUAGUUACUGGAAUCAUACGUGGGAGGACAUGCCGAAAUAUCUGAAGUCAUUGGCCGAGAUAAAGAGUUACAGGGAACCCAAGAUUGAUAUAAAUGUGAGAAUAUUUGAAGUUCCUGCUUUUACUGAGGACCAAAAGAAAAUUCCUUAUGGUAGAGUCAAUCAUAAUAAGUACAUGGUGACAGAUAAAACUGCUUAUAUAGGUACCUCUAACUGGUCAGCGGAUUACUUCAUUGACACGGGAGGUAUAGGAUUGGUGGUCAAUCAGAACAAGUCCCAGGCAGACGUCCGUCAGCAGCUGGAGGAUAUCUUCCUGAGGGACUGGCAUUCCAACUACUCCACGUAUAUCUGGGACUUCAACUUCACCAGGCCCCACCAUCAUUACCGUGUUCAGACAGAGUUAUAAAGGGGUGGGUUCUGGCUUUGAAUAAAUUCUUAAUGAGAUUAAUUAAUUUAGUGCAAUAUAAGAGCCAUUCCAUGAUGUUUGGAAGUUUAUUCUACAAAAACUUGUAAAUGAUACUUUUUCUAUGUGAGUUUUUGUGAUCAAAAUACACAGAUAGAUAUUGAAUUAUUCCACCAUAUGUAUUAGCCUUUAUCUUAGUUUGUGAGUAUGUAAGCAUGACACAGAAAUUGCUAUUUUUUGGUCUACUUUUUACCAUUGUGAAAAUUAUAUUUGAUAAUCUUUGGUUAAAAACAGACAGUGUAUAAAAGAGGUGAUAUACUCAGGAAUUGACUUGGAUUAACCACAAUAUUUAGGCCAUGCUAUAGACUGGAAUUUUUAUUGUUGGCCAAGUUUACCAUAUAAUUUGAAUAUUAAUGACGUUACAGUACUAAUGAUUCUGAUUAUAUAUUUACCUGCUGUAAUGUUAUUGGUUUAUUACAAGGUGUAACUCUGUUGUGUGAAGCUGUACUGAGAACUGAAGUGUGAAUCCUAUCAAAAUUAAUGUGUGAAAAUAGUACAUAUUAUACCUUAUGUUUUCAAAGAAUUUAGCUUAACUAGGACUUCCACCUUACAGCUGUAAUGGUCUGGGUGUGGAUAUCGGCCUGGGUAGCUCAGGUGGUAGAGCACUUGACUAGUGAUGCAGGGGUCCUGGGUUGAAUUCCAGAUCCAGCCAUCUCUUCUUUUUCUGUUAAAUAAUAUAGUACCUCUAAAAUCCUUGGACUAGGCAAAAGUAGGGUUGUUUCUUCAAUUUGAGGAAUUAAUGGUUUGGGCCGUGGAUAUCCACCUGGGUAGCUCAGUCAGUAGAGCACCUGUCUAGUGAGGCAGGGGUUCUAGGUUUGAAUCCAGGUCCAGUCAUAUAUUUUCUCCUUUCCUGUGAAAUUGUUUUAAAGUCUGUAUUGAGUUAUCAUUAGAUAUACAGUACUGUAGGUAGCUCAAUGGUUUCUCAGUUAUAUUUAGUUUAAUAUUUUAUUAAUAUCCUUAUUUGUUGUAAAUCAAUUAUUUAAGACCUGAGUUUAAAAGGGCUCUUAAAUUCAACAUUUUUUAUUCUUUUGCAUAAUUAUAGAACAUUUUCAUUUGUUAUUUGUGUUGUAUAUUUUUGGGGUCCUGUAUCAGUUAUUUAUGAUAGCUAAUAUAUGCAAAAAAUUUGAAGUAUGUGAACCUGAAUAUAUGAGAAUGUUUUUUCAUAUUUUUGAGGGGAGGGGGUCUUUGUUGACAACUGCUUGACAUGCUUAUGAUUUAAAUUACAUUUUAAGGACUCAAUAAUAUAUUUAUAUGUACAUGUAUACAUUCUUUAUUUAAACAAAUGAAUUUUGCUGUUGAUUGCAUCAUUUUCCACAUUCCACCUUAUAUUCUUACUACUGAUUGUUCCUUCCUUUGUUUACAUGCAUGUUGUUAUAAUUAUAUGUACAAUGCUCUAUAUAUACUUCUAAUAGUACAUGUACCUCCUGUAAAGUUUAACUUUUGCCAAUUCUUUAAAAUGAUUCCUUUAUUUUUCUAAUUUAAAAAAUGAUGUAAUAUACUACUUACCAUCAUAAUUAGAUGUUGCCAUAUUCCAUGCUUAAUGAUAAGAAAUGUGCCAAACUUUUUCACAUGAUAUCAUAAGUAAAGAGAUGUAUUCAUGUAACUAUGCAAGUAUUAAUUGUAAUUAAAGCUUUAUAAUAGAAAACAGUCUUAGAUUUCAUGAUACAAAGUAUUUGCAUUAUCAAUACCAUUAAAUCAAAAAAUUAAAAAAAAAAAAACAAUGAGCAAAAUUACUUUAUACACAUAGAGGAAAACAAUGAAUGAAGUGACAAGAGACAAAAUAAAUAACAUUGUACAUUUGUGAGUUAUAACCCAAUAUACUGUUACAUGUUCUGUUUAAAUCUCUUGGCACAUUUAGGUUAACAGAGUAAUUAUCUUUUUAGAAAAAAUACUGAUAUGUAAUUGUAAUCAAUUUUAUAUACAAUAAUUGAGUUGGUUUUAAAGUGCUUAAUAAUAAUGUCAAACCUGCACUAGAUGCCAUUGUAAUGAUACAAAGAAAUACUGGAGUUUAGAUAAAUAAAAUGACAUUAUUUUUAGAUAUAAACUGUUUGCUCUUCCAUUUUAAUGCUAAACCUUUGGAAGAUGAGUGGUAAUGGUUUACUGGUAUGUUUGAGAUUGACACAUGAAGAGCUAUUAUAAAGUUGUUUGCAAAAAAUAGAAGAUUUAAGUACAUGUUUAAUAAAAUUUUGGGCAAAUAACUGCAGAAAGAUGCAGCUCUGCACUUAACAAAUGUGCCAUAUAGAUUGACAGGUAUGCCACUGUUUUUUACAUUGUAACUCUCCAUACUGAAU